AUGAAUAGUGAAGAUAAUUACUCAGGCCACCAAAGUACACCAGAGAUACACCACAGCUUCUUAUCUCGCCAUGUACCUACUCAAGUAUCGAACUCACGAAAGCUAUGCUAUCGACAUCGACCAGACUUGACGAGGAGACGAAUGCCUGAUUCAUUCAACUUUCAAGAUGUGCAGAGGCAAAUGGAGCGAUUACCAACAUCAGACAGAGCAGCGAUUACACAUAUCUGGUCAUUAUUCUCUGCAGCGCCAGCUGAACAGCGUAUUCUUAUAUUGAAAGGCUUACUAUCAACAUGUUGUAUGCCACAGCUAUCGUUCUUGUAUGAUGAGAUUAAGCCAUUACUACGAAUCGAUUUCAGCUCAAUACUUCCUCAUGAAUUAUCACUACGCAUCUUCUCGUAUCUCGAUGCCAAGUCGCUUUGCCAUGCUGCUCAAGUUUCACAAUCAUGGAAGUCCCUUGCCGAUGAUGAUGCAUUGUGGCACAGAAUGUGUGAACAACAUAUCGACAAGAAAUGUACAAAGUGUGGAUGGGGUCUUCCUUUACUCGACAAAAAGCCCAAACGACGAAUAACAGAUCGGCUUGGAGAAAGUGCAUCUCUACAUAUCGCAUGCGGAUCUGAUACGCAGGCAACUUUAUCAGCACCAAAACGAGCCAAAUUAGAGACCAGUGUUUCAGUGGAAGCGUUUGAAGGAGAUUUGUAUCCUACAGAGAAGCAUUCGCCAUCAUCAACAACAGUCAAGAGGAGACCAUGGAAAGAAGUAUACAGCGAACGACUUAUGGUGGAACGCAAUUGGCGUCAAAACAAUUACAGUAUGCGCAUCUUACAAGGGCAUACGGAUGGUGUCAUGUGCGUUCAGUUUUGCGACUCGAAUAAUGUCGUAAUUACGGGAUCUUAUGAUAAAACGGUGCGUGUAUGGAGCCUAGAGACUGGAGAAGAGUUACGACAAUUGACUGGACAUACACGGUGCGUAAGGGCGUUACAAUUUGACAACAUGAAGUUAGUUACCGGCGCAAUGGAUCAUACGUUGAAGAUAUGGGAUUGGCAUACUGGGAAAUGUAUACGAACACUCGAAGGACACAGAGGAGGUGUGCUUGGUCUCCAUUUCAACUCACGUUUGCUUGCAAGUGGAUCAACCGAUUGUACUAUACGCGUAUGGAAUUUCCAAGCCGGUGAAUGUUGCACAUUAACUGGCCAUACAGAAUGGGUUAACUCUGUGCGUCUUUGUCCAAACGACCAACUGUUAUCCGGGAGCGAUGAUUCCACCAUUAGGAUAUGGGAUUUACAAACACGGUCUUGCAUCAAGGUUCUACAAGGACAUGUUGGCCAGGUGCAAAUUGUAUUACCCAGCCCAAAGGGGUUCAAACAUCGACUUGGCACAGAAGCUUUACCAUCACAAGGCUCUCAAGAUAUAAUCAAUCGCAGCAGUGCGAGUCGACAACUCCCUUUCAGACCUGCAUGCGCAUCAGAAGAAGGUGAUCAACGAUGGUCUACAGCACAAUUAGCCGAUACAAUCCCUGGUUCUUUAUCCGAUACACCAAUCAUAGUAUCGGCAGCUCUUGAUAACACAAUCAAGUUUUGGGAUUUUGCCGGUUCUUGUCUACGUACUCUUUUUGGUCAUGUCGAAGGUGUAUGGACAUUGGCUUUCGAUAACCUACGCGUUAUAUCCGGGUCACACGAUAGAACAGUACGUAUUUGGGAUAUGGAAAGCGGAAAAUGCAUGCAUGCUUUGGAAGGACACAGUGGACCUGUAACUGCUGUGGCUCUUGGAGAUACUAAAAUUAUAUCUGCUUCUGACGACGGUGAAGUACGCAUAUGGGAUUAUGGCGCCAAUCAUUAG